AUGGCAGCAUUGAGCCCUGAGGUUUGGUUGAAUGAUCAGCUGAAACAACUGAAAUGCACCUGCCAGCUGCAAUUGGCAGAGCGCGUGGUGGCCUUAGUGGCGGCCACCGAAGGCUUCCGCUUUGCGAUGGAGCACAAGGUUCCGCCUCUCUUUCCUCAGAGCAAGUUUGUGCUAGUUCUGGGCUCUGACGGGCAGGUGCGAGUGUUGUGGAUCGCCUUUGUGACCCAUGAGCCGCAGCCGAACUUGACGUCCACGCCCUUCAUCCUGAAGGUCCUCUCGGAGGAUUUGAACAGCGAGAAGGCGGCGCAGGAGGCCGAGAAGCGUGGAGUGGCACUGGAGUAUGUGACCGUGAGCACCCAGGCGACGGAUCUGGAAGAGUACCUCAAGAAGGACCAAGCCGCUGCCUUAAGCCGUGGAGCGGUCGAAGAUUGCUGGGAUGAUGUGCUGGGAUUCCUGUGA